CGAGCUGUUACAAGGUGUUGCAUUGCACGGCACAGCUACAUGACACAGCCCGCGCGCGCUCAGCCUCCUGCUCGCAGAACCCAGCCUGCCUCCUCCCUUCUUCCACAACCUCCCUCCGACCCGCGCACUCGAUUUGCUGCUCCCCGAAUUAAACUCACCCAUCCACAAAUGGCGUACCAAACUCUCGCCAUCGCCAGUGCCACCUACAAUGCCUUCGCAGGACAAUACAAUGUAAUGGCACACAACCGGGAGCCGGAGCGUGGCUUCUUCCUCACGUUCGUGGCACAGGUCCUUCAGACCCUCCGCAACGCCAGCCGCGCCGACAUCCCAUCCAGCCCGGUGACACAGACGAAGAACUUCGCCGCUUCUUCGAGGACUUUGAUCUAACGGCCGACCGAUAACCCUCGUCUUCCUGCCCUGCCUUGAAGCGCCUUCGGACAACCGCACGUAAAAAAGCUUCUGGCGCGCAGUCCCAGAUUCGAACCCG